AUGGUGAAAUCACAUGGAACACAAAAAGUCAAUAAAGGAGAUACAGAUUUUUCAGAGAAGGAAAAGUCCACAGCAAAGGCCCUGGAAGACGUAAAGGCAAACUUUUACUGUGAAUUAUGUGACAAGCAGUAUCACAAACACCAGGAGUUUGACAAUCAUAUUAAUUCUUAUGAUCAUGCUCAUAAGCAGAGACUGAAAGAACUAAAGCAGCGGGAAUUUGCUCGAAAUGUGGCUUCCAAGUCAUGGAAAGAUGAGAAGAAACAAGAAAAAGCACUUAAACGACUUCAUCAGCUGGCUGAGUUAAGGCAGCAGUCUGAAUGUGUUUCUGGAAGUGGACCAGCAUUCAAAGCCCCCAGGAUGGCCAUAGAAAAGCAACUCCAGCAGGGAAUUUUCCCAGUUAAGAAUGGGAGAAAAGUAUCAUGCAUGAAGAGUACACUUCUCCUAAAGGGAAAGAAUCUCCCCAGAAGUACCUCUGAUAAACAGCGGUUUCCCAUACCAAGUCGACACCAAUUACAACCGGACAGACUUUGUUUGUUUGGAAAUCGGAUACCACAGACAUCAUCAGAUCUCAGCAAUACAAAUCACAGGACAGGAGUAUCAUUUUCUUUUUCAAAAAAAGUGCAUCUAAAAUUAGAAUCUUCCGCAUCAGUUUUCAGUGAGAACACAGAAGAAAGCCAUGAUAGUAACAAGUCACCCACCACUAAACCAAAACAAACAGUGGAGAAAUGCAAGUGCUUUAGGCUUGCAAAAGAGGAUACACACCCCUCUAAAGAAAAAGAAGCACACAUCUCACCAAGCCAUCUGGAGAGUGUUUUACACAACACCUUCUCCCUGAGCUCUAAAAUUUUGCAAGAGAAAAAUGACUCCAUUGAUGAGACAAUAGAAAAUUCAAUUGGCAUUCAGGCUUCUUUCUCUAAAUCUAACUUCAGUCUUUCAGAUGUAGAUUUUCCUCCUUCCAGUAAAGAGAAAGGAACUAGAAAUACAUUGAAGAAUACUUCUGGAAACUGCAUUAAUUACCCCUGCCAAGCACAUGCUUCCUCCAACCCACCAAACAUGUACAAGCACAGUGAUGCCAAGGUAUUCAAAUGUCUGGAUAAGUUUUCAUCACCAGAGUCAAGUGAACAAAAGAGUACACUGUGUUUGAAUCCCAAUUCCAGAAUGCAGAACCUAGACAAAUCUUCAGAAGAAACAGAAAGAGUUAGCAAAGAUAUGCAAAGACUUCUGAAAGAGGGGUAUCCCCAUGAUAUGACAUCCAAACCACUGCCUUUUCUCCAUGUGCAAAGCAAAGAUGGCCACACCACUCUCCAGUGGCCUGUGGAACUUCUGCUCUUUACAAAAACAGAGCCCUGUAUCUCUUACGGUUGCAACCCAUUAUAUUUUGAUUUUAAACUCUCUCGGAACAUGAAAGAUGGCCAUAAUCCAGAGGAUUUAAAAACAAAACUGGGCAAGGAGUCCUUGGAAAUGAAGACAAAAAUAGAGAGCCACGUCUCAGGUUUAAUCAAAGACCAACAAAAAUUGAUCCUAGAAGAGAAUCAGUCUCUGAAACCAAAGAUGAUGAGAGCUAAUCCAGAUUGGGAAAAUUUCCAGAGAAAAUAUAAUUUGGGCUAUGAUGAUUCUGAGCCAAAUAACAGUGAUCAUAAUCUUAGUGCAAGUAAUUUGAAAUUGAAAAGUCCUGAAGUGCCUGCUUACCUGGAUACACCUCUAAAGGACUGUGUAGGAAACAACAACAAUAAUAAUAACAGUGAUAAUGAACUCGAGGAAUCUUCAAGGACCCAUUGGCAAAGCUGUGGAAGAGUAGUUCUUAAUGAUGCAAAUGAGGGUCUAUCCUGUCUGCCUCACAUCUCUAGGACCAAAAAGCAUAAACUGAUUCACUGUGAUCCUCAUUCAGAAUUUGAAAAUGAAAACCAAUUCACCUGGAAUUCUAGUCCUUAUAUAGUAGGGGGUCACAGUGACUAUGGGAAGGAUGUCAGUGUAAUUUUGAAUAGCAACAGUAUCAAUACAGCCAGCAGUGCUCCUGGAUGUGGAAACCAAAGUUAUAAGAGAUGUCCUCCAAAGUCAUCUCUGAGUGGACAUUCUAGCCCUUUGGACACAUCCCUUAGCAGCAUGCCCAGUUUGAGAAGCAUUUGUUCAAGUCAUGGGCCCAAUGGUAACAGCAGUAGUAAUUUGCUCUACUUUUGUAAAAGAGAAGACAGCUCAGUUGAAAGGCACAAACAGAAACACAAAAGGCACAAUUGCCUCUACUGGUCUGGUGAAGUAACAAAGAGCAACUGCCUACAGUCAGAAACACAGAGAGACAGGAACUGUAAAUUGUGGGAGUCAUUUAAGAAUAAAAAAUACUCCAAGCAUAGACAUUGUCACUGCCGAGAAAGGUAUAAAUGGGGUAAAAAUCAACAAUUUUCAGGGCCAAAAUCCACGAGAAUCAUUCAUUGUGAGUCUGGCUCACAGGUUUCCUGUGCUGAAGACAGUGAAAACCCAACUAAUUGCCAGGGACUUCAGCACAAUAGACUUGGAUCUUACUCAAGAGAGAGAAUUUGUUGUUUAAAUAAAAACAAGAGGAGUCAAGAGUCUUUGGACAGCCCUCACAUUUGUGGUCUGGGAAAAGUGAAGCGUGGCCAGUGUAACUCGGGGACUGUCAGCUGCCUUCUAAGAAACUGUUCCAGUGGCCCUUCAGAAACCACAGAGUUGAACAUUAGAGAAGGAGAAAGGAGCCCCCUGACAGCCAAAAGCCUUUUAGAAAGAGUACAGACCAAGAGGUUUCAGGAACAAUCAACAAACUUUGAAGUUUCUUCAAACAGCUAUAAAAAUGAAUCACAGGCUCAUUCAGAAAUCCAGUGCACAAUUCAACUCGUGUCACCCGGCAGUAACAGACCGAUAUCGCCUUUGUCUGAAAAAAGACAAUACACAAGAAAAAGAAGAAAUGAAGAAGGCAAUGCAGUACAAAGGACUAGCGAGAAAGACAAAGUCAAAGGUUCACAGACAAAUGAUUUUACUGUUUUCGAAGACACUGAUUGUGAUAACCAUCUAACUCGAGGUAUAAUUCAUGUGGUAGCAGAUUCUCAGUCACCAAACAGAAAGAAGAACCCCACAACAAAAGAACAAUCACACUCUUUAAUUAGUGAAGUCCAACCUUUUAUUCCAAACUGUGACCCAGUACCAAAUGAUUUCCCUGGUGCUUUUCUGUCUAGUAGAUAUACUGGUAUAACUGAUUCAAUGGAGACCAAAGAGGACCAAAUAAAUCUAGACGUACAGGAUGUAAGCAUGCAUAUGAAUCAUGUAGAGGGGAACAUAAACACUUACUAUGACAGAACUAUGCAGAAACAUGACAGAUUGGAAGAUGAAUUAGAAGAGUGUCAUAAAUCUCUCUCUCCCCCUUUAAUUCAACAGCCCAUUACAUUUUCUCCUGAUGAAAUAGAUAAAUAUAAGCUUCUACAGCUGCAAGCCCAGCAGCAUAUGCAGAAACAGCUCCUGUCAAAGCAUCUUCGAGUUUUGCCUGCUCCUGGGCCCAAUGCCUUCUCUCCGGCCUCGGCUGUACAGACGGUUCCAGUCCACCAGCACGCUUCCAUCACCACCAUCCACCACACGUUCCUCCAGCAUUUCGCUGUUUCUGCGUCCAUAAGUUCCCACAGCGGUCACCUCCCUAUAGCUCAUCUGCAUCCUCUUUCACAGCCACACUUUACUCCUAUCUCAUUCUCAACUCUGGCUCCAACCAUUAUCCCCCCACACCCCACUUUCUUAGCAGGUCACCCCCUGCAUUUAGUCACAGCUGCCCCCUUUCACCCAUCUCACAUAGCACUUCAGCCCCUGCCCCCUGCAGCAUUUAUCCCCACGUUGUUUGGCCCCCACUUAAAUCCAGCCACAACUUCAAUCAUCCACUUGAAUCCUUUGAUCCAACCAGUGUUCCAAGGUCAAGAUCUUUGCCAUCAUUCUUGCUCCAGCUAG